AUGAGUAAUGCCUCGGGGAUCCCAGGCACAGCGGUUCCCCUGGCGGAUUCUGAGACCUGGCCCCAGCCCAGCCUCCCACCAGCCACACCCACGCUGCCCACUGGGCCGCAGAUGGACCGCCUUGGGAACAGCUCCCAGGGGGCCCCCAAGCUCUUCCUCACCACCUCACUGGCCCACGGCAUCUCAGGCAUCUUCGUGUGGGCCGCGCUGGUACUCACCUGCCACCAGAUCUACCUGCACCUGCGCUCCUACACCGUCCCCCACGAGCAGCGCUACAUCAUCCGUCUGCUCCUCAUUGUGCCCAUCUAUGCCCUGGACUCCUGGCUCAGCCUCCUGCUGCUGGGGAGCCGUCAGUACUACAUCUACUUCGACUCGGUUCGGGACUGCUAUGAAGCCUUCGUCAUCUACAGCUUCCUGAGCCUCUGCUUCCAGUACCUGGGCGGCGAGAGCGCCAUCAUGGCUGAGAUUCGGGGGAAGCCCAUCCAGUCCAGCUGCUUCUACGGCACCUGCUGCCUGCGAGGCAUGUCCUAUUCCAUCGGCUUCCUGCGUUUCUGCAAGCAGGCCACCCUGCAGUUCUGCAUCGUGAAGCCCACCAUGGCUGCGCUCACCAUCAUCCUGCAGGCGCUGGGCAAAUACCACGAAGGGGACUUGAACCUCCGCAGCGGCUCCCUGUACAUCACGCUGGUCUACAACGUGUCCGUGAGCCUGGCCCUGUACGCGCUCCUGCUCUUCUACGAGGCCACCCGCGAGCUGCUGCGCCCCUUUGAGCCCCUCCUCAAGUUCCUCACCAUCAAGGCCAUCAUCUUCCUGUCCUUCUGGCAGGGGAUGCUGCUGGCCAUCCUGGAGAAGUGCAAGGUCAUCCCAGAGGUGCAGGCCGUCGACGGGAGCCUGGUGAGGGCGGGCACGCUGGCCGCCGGCUACCAGAACUUUUUCAUCUGCAUUGAAAUGCUCUUCGCCUCCGUGGCCCUGCGCUAUGCCUUCACCUGCCAGGUGUACUCGGAGAAGCAAGACUUGCCAGGUCCGGUGCCCCCUGCCCCCAUGCUGAGCAUCUCCAGCGGCCUGAAGGAGACCAUGAGCCCCCAGGACAUCGUGCAGGAUGCCAUCCACAACUUCUCGCCCGCCUACCAGCAAUACAUGCAGCAAGCCACACAUGAGGCCCCGGGGCCUGGCCCCAACACGGGCCCGGCGGGUGGGGGCAGGAAGAACCGCAGUGUGGAGAAGAGGAUGCUGAUCCCCGAUGAGGAGCUCUAG